AUGAUUGUCCUUCCACCUCGUCCAGAUUUGAUGCCUAACAAGUUAUCCAAGAAAGAAUACUUUUUGAGCCCAGUUCUGGUUUCACUCAAUGGUCCGCAACAUCAAUCUCAAAACGAUGACCAAACAAACGAGGACAAUGAUUCAGAUUUCGUUAGAAAUUAUUCGUUGCAGUUCCUACAGUAUUUCAUCUUACUUGCCUACUUAUUUCUUCUAACUCAUUUGCCAUUGAAAUGUUCAUAAAUAUAAUUCAGAAUGAAGUUCUCUUAACCGAACAAGAAGCACACCAAUUUAUCUGGUCUGCUACCACCAAAUGGAUCGAUCUUCAAAUCGACGUUCUUCAAGAAAAUCGUAACAAAGACUUGAAGAAAUUAAUAAAAGGAAUGGGUGGAAACAAAACAGACAAAUCCAUUGAUUGGGCCAGCAGAGCAGUUGGAGGCAUACAGCAAAGCGUUGAGAAUCUUAAUGCAGAAACAAUUAAGCAAGCAGUAUCAGGUACCCAUAGUCACCAACCAUCAGUGUCAGAUGAGCUAGAAAUCAUGAAAGACUUGCGAAAACUCCGAACAUUUUCAACCGAACCAGGUAGGGCACACAGUUCAUUUCCUAGUAUUUCUGCAGAUCCUUUGGCAACAUUAAUUAAUGAAGAAUUUGAAUAUUGGCUGAAACGACACAAACAAUUCUGA